AUUUUUACUUUCUAAGCUGCAAAAAACAGUCUGAGUCUGUAGGCUUAUAACCUUUUCUCAAUCCUUGUAGAUUGAUCCGUUGUAAAAAUGAGUGACAGUAUGGAAAGAGACACAUCAGAAAAUGAUGAAAAAGAACCAGAAAAUUUAACUAGCAAAAGACAGGUGAAACAGAAAGGACCUACUAACAAAAUUAAGAGGGCAAAGACAGUUGAGCAAUCAAGCCUAGAUGAUGAAGAACCGGAAAAUUUAACCAGCAAGAGAAAGGUGAAACAAAAAGGACCUACUAACAAAAUUAAGAGGACAAAGAUAAUUGAGCAAUCAAGCCCAUCCGUUUCUGGACAAAUGUGUGGGCCAGUUCAGAUGCCGGCCAGUCGUGUGAACUCACCAACAUCUUUUCAAGCAAACGCAAAUCAACCCGAAUCAGUGACCAUGCCUGAAACUCAACCGGCUGGAAUGGGCCAGAAUGCAACUCAGACGCCAACGGCUGAUCCUGAAAAGCUUAAGCUAAUUCAGCAGCAACUGGUUCUCCUACUGCACGCACACAAGUGCCAACGGCGGGAAAGCCAGGCCAACGGAGACAUCAAGCAAUGUUCGCUUCCACACUGUAGGACAAUGAAAAAUGUCCUCAACCACAUGGAGCACUGUCAUUCUGGCAAAAAUUGCACAGUAACUCACUGUUCAUCGUCUCGUCAGAUAAUCUCGCAUCGGAAGUACUGUACUCGCAGUGACUGUCCUGUCUGCAUACCUUUGAAAAAUGCAUCAGACAGAUCGCGGACGCAAGCUGCCCAGUUGUUAAAGCAAGCUGCCUGUAAUCCAGCUAUGGGACCGAAUCCACCGCCAAGCUCACAUAUGAACCAAACGUUGAAGUUACAGCAGGAACCUAUUGCACGGACGUUGUAUCGGCAAGGAUUGAGAAAUACAGGCAUGACGCCAAUAGAUCAAGUGCCUCUUGAAGUACAGGCUAGAGGCCCAGAGGCUUACAAUGCAUUUAUUGAGGCACUAAAAGAGGGCAGCAAACCUAUCUAUCAAACACGCCUUAUGUUUGUUGGACCUCAGCGCGUUGGAAAAACCAGUCUUGUCAAGGCCCUUACUGGACUAGAAUUUAACAAAAAUGAAGGUAUUACUGAUGGAAUUGAUGCAUCACUGUCAUGCACAUUAAGUGUUAAGCAUAUCACUGACUGGAAACUGCAACCAGAUAAACCAACAGGAAAACUUAUUAAAGCAAAGCAGAAAUAUUUGAGAGCUGUUGCAGAAAAGAUGCUGCAAAUGAAACGUGGAAUCAAAUCAAAGAAAUUUUCAAGUGGAGAACAUAAUGCAGCACAAGACCAAAUGUUAACAUCUCAAGGUAUGAAUUUACAUUUGUAUUGA